AUGUCUGUGCCAAACCAGUCGUCGUCGUCUAAAGUUGGCUCGUACGGGGCCAUUCCGAUCCCUAACCGGUCCACCAAGCCCAGCAAGUCGAUGGUAUUCCACUCGCCGUACGGGUCGUACAAGGCGUCCAACUCUUUGACUGGCUUUGCGUCAUCGUACCACCGUGCGCAGUCGUUCCGGUCGCUCGAGCCCCGGUACAAGGCGUCACGGUCAUACUUCCAGGAUGACGAGGCACUCGUCGACCCUGACACUUUCGCUCCGUCGCCCAUGGGCCGCAAGAUCUCGCACGUGCUGCAGAGCAGACCGAUUCUGGACACCUCAGUGUUUGACGAGGCGGCCGUGGACGAUGCCUCUUUUGCGGACCACUCGUUUGCAGACCUAUCGCGUGCUGGAUCUCUGCACUCAUACGCGGCCUCCAUGUUCACCGCGGACGACUCGUUCGCGUUCCGGCAGGUUGAGGACCAGGACGGGAAAGUCGUCACCAUGCUGGCCCCAAGAUCGACUGUCGCACAGACCGUCUUCAACAGCAUCAACGUGCUGAUCGGCAUUGGCCUGCUGGCCUUGUCCAAGGCAAUGAACUACUCCGGAUGGUACGGUGGCUGCUUUUUGCUGGUUUUCUCUGCCUGCAUCACUUACUGGACAGCCACGCUGCUCAGCGAGUGCAUGGACACUGACCCGACCCUGGGAACCUACGCCGACCUCGGCUACAAGGCGUUCGGGUCCAAAGGCAGACUGUUCAUUUCGUGUCUGUUCUCGAUCGAGCUGAUUGGUGUCGGGGUGUCGCUGAUCGUGCUGUUUGCAGACUCGCUCAACGCAUUGUUCCCGGAAAUCUCAGUGACCCACUUCAAACUGAUCGCGUUCUGCGUGCUCACGCCGUUCUCGUUCCUUUCGCUCCGCGUGCUCAGCAGCAUCUCCCUGCUGGGGAUCAUGUGCACCAUCUCUCUGGUGGUGACCAUUCUGCUUAGCGGUCUCACAAAGCCGACCAGUCCCGGAUCGCUGGUCGAUCCAAUGCCUACAAACAUAUACCCGCCCUCCUUCCACAGCCUCAUGGUGUCUUUUGGCAUCAUCCUCGGCCCCUUCGGCUCCCACUCGUUGUUUCCUGCGCUGAAGUCGGAUCUUGCACAGCCCGAGAAAUUUGAAAAGUGUCUCAAGAUCACCUACUCUGUCGGUUUCCUGGCUGACGUGACGAUGGCGCUCAUUGGGUUUGCGAUGUUUGGCGCAGGAAUUCUCAACGAGAUUACCCAAUCCGUGCUGGUCACCCAGGGCUACCCGCAGUUUGUGUACCUGCUGGUGAGCGUUUGUGUUUCCAUGGUGCCAAUAGCCAAGACCCCGAUCAACGCGAUGCCCGUGAUCAGCAUCCUGGAGUUCACGCUGGGGAUCUCUGCACAGCAGAUCGACACCCCCACACUGUUGCAGUCGGCCGGCAGAGCUGGCGUCAAGCUGUUUGUGAACCUUAUGUUUGUCGUCAUAGCCAUCAUCUACCCCGAGUUCGAUAAGAUCAUCGGCCUGAGCGGAGCGUCUUUGUGUACCAUCAUCUGCAUCAUUCUGCCGUGUGCGUUUUACUUGAAACUGUGCCGGCCCGCCAACGCAUGGUUCUACCACCUAGUCAUCGUGCUGGCUGCUCUGUUGGGCAUAGCUGCCACCACGGCUGCAAUUACAGAUUAG